UAGCUUGGAACUUGCAUUUGUGGAGCUCCCAGCUGGCAGGAAUCAGCUCUCCCUCCUGCAGGAGAGCCCCCCGGGGGAACGGGCUGUGCUUCGGGGCGGCGGCGAGGGCAGGAGGCAUGGGGAGAUCUCCGGCUGCCUUCCUCUCCCCUGCACCCCCUUUGCCUUUUCUGUCUCUCUCUUUUGGCUUGUUUGGGGGCUUGUGCUAACGCUGCCUGUGCCAGGAGGGAUCCAGGAGUGAGCCAUCCCUCAGCUGCACAAAUUGGCUUCCCACCUGCUCGCAGCCUUGAGGAAGUUUCUCCUCCAUCCCAGGGGUUGUGAGAAGAAAAGCAGGAGGUGGCUCGGAGCCCACCAGCCCGUGGCACCGAGCCCUGGCGUGUGAAGGGUGGGCAGGGGGACAGCAAGCUUCCCUCUUGCCUUCCCCGGAGAUUUGGGAUCACGCACUGACCAUGAAUGGAUCAUUUUUCAACCAGACUCUUCUAGAGCAGGGAGCUUACCCCAACAGGACCCGGGGCUUGGGGAUGCUCAUGGCCUGCUGCAACGGGACCAGCUCGGUGCUGGCGACCGACGGCGGCUCCUCGGUCCUGGUGCCCGAUGAGAGGAGCCUUUACAUCACACGAGUGGUGCAGAUCGCUGUCCUCUGUGUCCUCUCCUUGACUGUGAUGUUCGGCAUCUUCUUUUUGGGCUGCAACUUGCUCAUCAAGUCGGAGAGCAUGAUUAACUUUCUGGUGAAGGACCGAAGACCUUCCAAGGAUGUGGGAGCUGCAAUCAUGGGACUUUAUUGAAGCCACCAGGCUGUUGUAGGCAAGUGAACUGUCUGGACCUGGUGCUGAGAUGCACAUUCCCAUGUGUUUGGGGCAGCUGGGGGGGGAGUGUAGAGGGGGGCAGGGGUCUUUUAAUAUGUCUGUGUCCAUGGGAAAAGCAAACCUACGCUUCCCAGUCAACAAACUCUGUUGUGGUGAAUGAAUGGGGAAACCUCCCCAGAGUUGUAUGAGGCACAGUAAAUGGCCAGCAUCGUGUUGCAUGCAGAAAUGGCUUAAGUUUUGCAUGAAACUUGCUGAAACGGUGAUAAUGUGCAGAUCUGGACUCUUUUCUGCUGUUACCUUGGAUACUGCUACCUGGGAUUUAGGGCUAAAAAAAAAAAAAAAAAAAAAAAAAAAAAGGGGAAAAAAAAUGG